GGACAGAAAGAGAGGGAUCAUCGCCUGUGUCCUUGUAGAGAAACAGAGAAAAGAGGAAGCAUGACCAUUCCAUGGAGGACAGGUGUCAUGCUGAUGCUGAUGCUUUUGUCUUCUGCAGGUAAGUGCCAACCUAGCUGUAUUACGGUAGUCACUAAAUAGCCAUGGUAGACUGAACAGAAGUGGCGAUACCAUCAAAACUGUUCAGCAAGUAUAUGAGCUGUUUGUUCUGAAUUUAUGUGUGAGGGCUAAGGUUAGGAAAAUGGUCCAUUAAAGUUGUGUGUGUUUGGUUAGAAAGUGACUAUCAUGCUUUCUAGUGUGGCCAGAUAGUACGUUUCCUAUACUACCGUUUAUAUGCUCUGUCCAACGCCCUCCGAUGGCGUUCCUCUCCCACCCUCACCGCCUUCACCUCCUUACCCACCCAGAGGUGCUCUGUCCUGGGUACGAAGAGUGUCCCCCCCCCCUGGUCAGGAGAGAGAGGCAGGCUCCAGGAGAUAUAGUGCUCUGUGCCCUACCUAUCUGUUCAUGUUUGUGAUUGCGUGGCUACGUUUCUAGGCAUCUAAUUUUAGUCUGUGAAGAACAUGAAAGCUUAGACGUGGCCUUGUUCGUUUCCGCAUUACCAGCAAGGCAAAGUCACAGACAUACACAUAUGAGAGAGAAGCACCUGUUGGUGUUUGAUAACUGAAAACUGGAGAGUGAUUAUUCUGAGACAAAGUUGCUGCUGAGUAAUGAGGGGGACUCAAUAGUGAAUUUGAAAUAAAGUCCUUGAUGCAAAAUCAAAACUAAGAAAAAGUAAAUAUUUCCAGUGAAGCAAUCCGAACAUACCAUACAUUGACGUGUGCAGGUCAAUAUCCUCAAUUAGGUGUGUGUGUGUGUGUUUGCUGAGAAUUUUCCUGCAAAGAAGGAAAUGCAAACUUGUAGUGUAUUUGAAUUUUAAAAAGGCCUUUAAUGUUUGUAGUUUCCACUUUGACAUUUCAGACUUGAUUUGCCCUAACGAAAAAUGUAUCAACCCCUAAAAAAUGUAUAUUUAUUAUAACCCACAUAAUAAUUCACAUUUCCUGUUGCUGCAGGAUUAUUUUCUUGCUGUAGCAAGAUCUUACAUCUGUAUAAAUGUAGAUGAUCACCAGCUGGCCCCAGCUAAAUGUUAUGGUCUCAUGCAUUUCCCCCCACACCUUUCUCACACGCACAUAUACACUAAUAAGUGCAAGCAACUACCCCACCAAUGGCUCUAUUUCUCACAACACAGUUUCUGUAGAAACCACUGAACUACAUACUGAGGCCCACAAACCACAGAAAGAUUGAGAUAGAGAGCUUCCCCUUCUUACUGACAGGGAGACAGGUAUCUGUAUUUCCGAUGACAUGCAGACUUUCUCUUACUUUAGUGUACUGUACUAAAAUGUCUACAAUUUCCACCUAUGGUACAGCUCUGUGCUCAGUACUACCCCAUUCACCCUUCUAGUUAAGUAUCCAUGCACCUGUUUACAGUUUUUCUCAAUCGAGUACAAGCAUUUUUUGGAACAAUGUUGAUUUUCAAAACAGAGUCCACAAGACACAGAACUGUGGCCUUUUGCAAAACAGUAAAUGCAUUUUUAAAAUGUAGUUGCUUUCUCAAAACAUAAAUACAUUCAUCAAAACUAUAUUAUACCUUCAAAAUUGGAAAUACUUUCAUCAAAAGAACAGUACUGCCUGCAAAAAGAUUAACGCAACCAUACUUAUACUGUAUCUUGAGUCCAAGCACACAAACAGAAAGUUUGUCUGUCUUUUUAAAAUUCCAGUAGAUCAAUACAUUUUCUUUGCAGUCACUAAAUCAUGAUGAUCAAAAUUGGAAGUACAACUAUCCAAAGGUGCAGAAUUAUGGGCAACUACUCUGUUUUUUAUGCAAUUUUCACCAAACAAUUUCAUACACAUCAAAUCAAAUAUUAUUCCUGAUUAAAACAAUUAUAAUAACCACAUUGUGUGCAGGAUUCAUUCAUCGGUAUCAUCAUAAUCUAAUUCCAUGUAUUCAAUACAAAGGUUGGUUUGCUUAUAGUUGUGUAGACUUUCCAUUGGCGCACAGAAACGCAAUCCACAAUAGAAAUAAGGAAGUGUAAAUGCAGUGGAGGAACACAACUGAUAUGAAUGUAUAGGCCUCAAUCCACACCAAAGCAAAGCUCUAUAAUGGAAGGUCACAAUGUUGGAGAUGAUGACUUAGGAGUAACCCAAAGUUACCAAGAAGUAACGCAACUUCAUUCUCUGCAUCUCUGCAUGUCAGCAAUAUUGUAAAUCAUUACAAUUAGACAGUCCCCAUUGCCUAGAUCUUUCUAUAUAUUGUACAUGGUAUAAUUGCAGUAGUUUUACUGAUUGCUGGAAACAGUGAGCACAAUUGCACACAUUUAUCUUCUGAUGAAAACAAUGUGUAAAUAUUCUGUGAACAAAACACUUAACAGUGAAUUUUAUAGUUAUAUAAAAUUUUGCAAAAGGUGGUCUAAGGCAAGAAAAUGAUCAGAAAUUCUGUAAAUGUAUUUGUGCAUUUGAUCAUUGGUGUUCUGCUCGAAACGGUGCCUGAGGAAGGCCCGCAGCAUCAUCAAGGACCCCACACACCCCAGCCACGAGCUGUUCUCUCCUUUACCAUCGGACAGACGGUAUUGGAGCAUGAGGUCUGAUACCAACAGGCUCAGAGACAGUUUCUAUCUACAAGCCAUUAGACUGCUGAACACUUGAACUGGACCAGCACUGACUCUCUGCACCUUAGCACACAUGCACUCACUCACGCACACACCCACACAGAUAUACACUCAUCCACACACACGCACACACAUUCAUGCUACACACACAUCACAACUGUGGCUACUAGACUUAUUUAUUAUUGAUAAAUACUGCAUAAUUUAAACACUUGCCCACCAAUCCCUCCUUCACCAAAACACAUGUAAAUAUUGGACUAUAAAUUGUGCCUUCCUGUAUUAUACUUAUGUUAAAAUCUUUAUUAUAUUCUACUGAGCCAUUUACUUUAUGUUCGUAUUCUUAUAUUUUAUUAUUUCUUAUUGCUGUUGCAUUGUCGGGAAGGAACCUGUGAGUACCAUCCAUUUAAUUGGAUAGUGUAUACUAUGUGUAUCCUGUACAUACCACUAAUAAAACUUGAAACUUGCUAUGGAUACGUUUCAACACAGAUCCAAAAAUUGCCUGUACGCGUUUAAGAAAAACUGUAACUUACUUUGUUUAUUUAUAUAUUAUUAUACCCCCCUCCCUCUCUGCGCUCGUCUGUGUGGCCUGUCUGUGUUUUAAAGACUCUUCAUCUUCUGUGUGCCCUGUAGAGGCUUCAUUAAAUGAACCGGUCAUCUGCUAUAUACUGGACGGAGUCCUGAUUCUCUACUCCAUCAUCACCACCGUGCUAUUCUUCAAAGUGAAGGUGAGUCACAAUACAGGUGGUAGAGUGCCACCCACCCUUCCAUUGUCUACCAAUGGUGAGGUACUAGUUAUUCAAGUGUAUACAGUGAGGAUGAGUUAGUGCACAGGUUACAGAGGCGUGUUAUCUUACAAUUGAAUACAUAUAAAUGGAUGUAGAACAGUGUUAUCAACUCCUUGUUUCUGACGCUCCCCUCUUCUUUCUGUCUGCAGUGGUGCCAGUCUGUACCUGAACCUGAGGAGGAAUCCACAUUUGCAGUGAGUUUCCUACAACGUCCCAUACCUUUUGUGUCUGUGUGUAGGUGUCUGUGUGCAAGCAAGUGUGUGUGUGUGUGUGUGUGUAUAUGGCAUCAUGGACAUGACAUGGUACUGACAUUCUGAAUAUAUGUUUUUGUAAAGGAACUCCUGACAGGUCCUAUUGCUGGCGACUAUGAGGAUCUAAGGACUGACCAGACUGCAGCUACAAGACAGGUGAGUGAGAGGGCUAUUAUGACUACUGUGUGAGAGAGGCCAUGUUCUAAUUCUGAGCACAGUCUUGCUAAUGUGUGCUAAUGUUUGUGGUUGUCCCUCUUAGAAGCACAGACAGGAAGCUAGUAGUGACACAUACCAGGUAAGGACUACUCCUUAUAUACAGGCUUAUUACCAUGUUCCAAUGCUGAGAUGUUGCAGAACACUGUGAUCCUGAAUGCAGCCAGUGUUUUGGACAGGUUCAUCCACUACUGCAAGCCUUCCAUUCCAGGGGCUCUUUAUUAAUUCAAUGACCAAUACCAUAGAACUUGUGUUUUGUUCUCUAGGCUCUCCAGGUAAAAGAUGAUGAGAGUGAUGCCUACCAGGUGAUCAAGUCCAAGGGGAGGGUAAGAGUCAGUCAGUUCACUCACAUGGAACAUGACAUUCAGGAAAUAACUGUCCCCUGUGCUGAGUCAUGUGAACUACAUAUCUGCAUUUACUGGCAUUGUGACAUAGAACAUUGAAAGUCUAUAGGUUAUGUACAUUUGAGAAAUGGAAAGAUGAAAUCUCCACUCUGCCAUCCAUACCCUAUAGUGUGGAUAGUCAUCAGCGUGUCACAAAACUGCUAUCAAACUUACAUGACAAGACUAGGGCAACUCAAGUGAAAUGUUGUCGUCCAAAUUGCAAUCCAUAGAAUAGCUCUGAAGGCUAUUAACCUACACAUUCUUCCUGUGGGUUCUCUCUUCUCAGACUCGCAAGAAGGACAAGGCCAAGAAGGCCCAGGUCCUCCAGGAUCUCAGUGCAAACACCCAGACUCAGACCCGGCCCUCCGCCCCGCCACCACCUCCACACUGAUCUGACCCAGUCAGCCCUGGGCACGGAGGCAGCUGUUGACUCCCCUGGCAGCUCUCCCCUGCACUGAUCCCAGUCAGCUUAUAUCUCUGAAGAGAACCUUCUAUACUGUUAUCUGCUUUCUGGCUAUAGCAGUCUUCUACUCCUGAGC